AUGCCGCAAGAGUUGCGCGUUGUCCGUUGCAUCCAGUGCUUGAAAUAUCAGGUGGAUAUUGUCAAAAAAGUCAACAACUGGUCGUGCAAAGUGUGCAACGUGAAGCAAUCGUUGGCGAGGGAAUUUUACCGUGGUGCCGGCAAGGAGUGUCGCUCCAUUGUGCAGGAGUUAGAAGCUCGGAACAUUAUCACCGACCAACGGGAACAGGAAACGGUUCGGCUCGUAUUGAGUGGUGCAAUUCAGCUUCCGGAACCAUCUGUCUCAUUAGCAGCGGCAGAAGAAAGCGAAUCAUGUGUUGCCGGACCAACCGAUGAACUUAAAGAAAAGCCCUGGGGCAAGGUUAAAAAUGAAAACAGCGAUGAUAUGCAGCUGCAUGAUGACUCCGAUAUACACUGUCCGAAUGAUGCGUUUAUUCGCGAACGAAGGAACGUUGUUUCCAGAGUAGUCACGGCGCCGAAAAAUAACAAUUGGACCAUUUACGAAAGUGCUGGUGCUGAGUCUUCGUCUUGGAAAGCUAUCGUCGCGCAAAGAUUUGAUCAGAACGCAGGCGAUGAACAAAUAUUGGAGAGCAGAAACGGUUCCACAAACCAUUCACUAUCGUCACAGGUAGAUAUUUCUCAGCAACAUCAACCCCUUUCCCACUUUCAUCACAAACAAGGCCUCAACAGACCUACUGGUUCGCCUCUGUCAAGCCAAGAAUGCGGAGAAAUGAAUCAAAUUGGAAGAAAUAGCGGAACCAAGCGAAAGCAUUUAAACGGAUGUACGAAUCCCCUUAUGAACUUCGCCAAGCGGGGCAAUAAUAGUGAAGCCAGGAACAGGAUCGAUCUCGGUCCCAUUGUUGCAAAAGAAGAUUCUUUACCGCAAACACUUGCAAACCAGGAAACUGAAGCGUUAUCCAAGUGGCCAACAUUCGUUAAGCCUGACACUCAAACAGAUGAAAGUGGAGAUGAAAUGCUAGUUUUCUAGUGAAAAAAUUCAAAUGCACUUUUUACAGAGCCAGGUUGUUACAGCGAAGCCAGUGUUUUGUAUUCUGUUGCUAAAGUACCAAAAAAUAAAUUAC